UGUUGUUCCAGUUUUGUGAAAGAAUAGACCAGGGUAAAGUAAAAACGUCUUGCAUCAAGAAGCAUGGAUCAAAUACCAGCCGCCAUGGACAGGCAUCUGGACGUGCUCCAGUCGCACAAAGAUGGGGGUAUAUUACUGGGAGCCUCCAGUCUGACUGGGCGUUACUGGCUGGGAUCCAUAUGGUUCUAUGAAAACCCGGACUUAGCCCCAGAUGUGGAGAAGUGUACAGCAGGUGUCCAGCUUGAGGCCGGUAUAAGUGAUCUGCAGUGGGUGGAUGAUACCCGAGUUUUAGUGGCAUUAGACACAGGCGGUAUAGAACUGUGGCAUUUAGUCGACAAUUUCCACACAUUUACUCAUCUUCAGACAGCAACAGAACAUGACGAUGUCGUCUCCACGGUCUCUGUGUCAUGUGACAAGAAAAGAGCUGCAUCAGGAAGUUAUGAUAGGUGCAUCAAAGUUUGGGAUCUGGCAUCUAACAAGUCUGUCCACAGUUAUAGAGGUCAUGCCGACAUGGUGUCAGUGGUAGCCUACAGCCAUUCCCAACCUGAUGUCUUCAUAUCGUGUUCUCAGGAUGACAAUUUAUUGCUUUGGGACACAAGAAAGCCAAGGCCUGCCAGACAAAUAGAUAAACGAUGUUUGGAGGCAUGCCCCACAUGUGUGUGUUGGAAGCCUGACAAUGACUACACACUAGGGGUUGGGUCAGAGAUGGGGGAGCUGUGUGUGCUAGAUACACGGAAAGACAGCGACAAACCCUUAUACGGCACUCCACAUCGACGAGCAGUCCACAGGUUACAGUUCUCAACUCAUUCACCCUCUCUGCUGGCAUCGGUAUCGGAUGACUCAAGUGUAGCAUUGUCACAAAUCGACUCCUCGAGUUUCAAGCUUUUAUAUAAGGAUACUGAACACCAAGACUUUGUGCGUGGCGUAUGCUGGGUAAGCACUGUCAAGGUUUACACAUGUGGCUGGGAUUCUGCAGUGAAGCGCCAUCUAGUGGAAAUGGAUGUUACAAGGCACACUCCUGAUCAAAAAGAGCCUGUCAUCAUGGAAGUGAAUGGUGAGAAACGGGACAGCACGACUCCAGAUAUGGACAUGCCCCACAAAAACUGCAGUAAUAAAGUGACGGAGGCAGAUCAGGGUACCCCAGUGCCAGUGGCCAGCAGUUAAACAAGCAGUUAACAGUGAGGCCCUGUAGUGUCUGGGGAAAAACACAACAACAAAAAUCCAAGCAAUUCUGUCAAACAAAAACGUGGGAUUUGUUUCCUCUGAAAUUGUUGAUCCUGUGAAAGGGAACAGUGAGAGCAGAGGGAGACAAGUAGAAAAUGAAGUGAAGUGCAGAGUUUCCUCACCUGUUUUUUUUAAUCUGCAUCCAUACAUGUUUGGGUGAUUGGACCAGGUCAGCAUAUCAAUUUUACAGGAAGACUUGAGGAACAUUGUGGUUUAUCAAACAUUGAAAGUGUGCCAAUACUUGUAUUUGAUACUUGCACAACAUACAUUGUACUUUUUGUCUUGCAUUUUGGUCCUCAUGAUCCAUGU